AUGUUAUCAAGGGCAAAAGCAAUUAUUGACAAGAAACUCCCAUUCCCACAUCCCUUAACAAUUACCCCGACAAGAAACUUAUCAAUUCAUGAAUACCGUUCCACUGAACUAUUAAACAAAUACGGUAUCCCUACUGCUAAGGGAAUAGUAGCAUUCACACCCGAUGAAGCAUUCCAAGCCGCUAAGAAACUUUCCCCCUCCACGGGCCUCGUAGUGAAAGCACAAGCAUUGACUGGUGGUCGUGGUAAGGGCCAUUUCAACACUGGUUACAAAAGUGGUAUUCACAUGAUUAAAUCCGCAGAGGAAGCGUUCCAAGUUUCACAAGAAAUGUUAGGGAAUAAUUUGAUCACGAAGCAAAGUGGCUCCAAGGGGAAGAAAGUGUCUAGUGUUUUCAUUGUGGAAAAAUGUAAUGUUUUGCAUGAAAGUUAUCUUUCCAUUUUAUUUGAUAGGCAAGCUCGUUUACCUUUGAUUAUUGCAUCUCGUGAUGGUGGGAUGAAUAUUGAAGAGAUUGCUGAGGAAAAACCAGAUUCUAUUAAGAAAUUCCAUGUUAAAGAGGAAAUUAUUAAUGACGAAUUAGCUAUGGAGAUUGCCAAGAGUUUAGGAUUCACUCAUACUGAUUUGAGGGAAACGGCUAAAACUAUUCAAAAUCUUUAUAAAUUGUUUAAGGAUAAAGAUGCGACACAAAUUGAAAUUAAUCCAAUAAGUGAAAUUGAAAAGCAUGAAAAUGGGGAAUACGACGUGGUUUGUAUGGAUGCUAAAUUUGGAUUUGAUGAUAAUGCAGAAUUUAGACAACAUGAAAUUUAUUCUUGGAGAGAUAUUACGCAAGAAGAUCCAAAUGAAGUUGAAGCUAAAAAAUAUGAAUUGAAUUUCGUUAAAUUACAGGGUAAUAUUGGUUGUUUGGUUAAUGGUGCUGGAUUAGCUAUGGCAACAAUGGAUGUCAUUAAAUUAUAUGGUGGUGACCCAGCUAAUUUCUUGGAUUGUGGUGGUGGCGCUACCCCUGAAACUAUUAAGAAGGGAUUCGAAUUGAUUCUAUCAAAUGAAAAAGUUGAUGCCAUUUUUGUAAAUAUCUUUGGUGGAAUUGUAAGAUGUGAUUUGGUAGCUGAAGGGUUAGUUGCUGCUGCAAAGGAUUUGAAUUUAAAGAUUCCAAUCAUUGCAAGAUUACAAGGUACUAAUCUAGAUGAAGGUAGAGCUAUUAUUAAAGAAUCUGGUGUGAAAAUCUUUUCAUUUGAUGAAUUAGAUCCUGCUGCAAAGAAAGCUGUUGAAUUAGCAAAUAAAUUCCAUGGUAAGCAUUAA